AUGAAAAAAAUAAUUUAAAAAGCUAAAAACUUUCAUUACAUAUUGCACUUCGAUUAAGCCAACAUAAGUGAAUCUAUUUUGCUAUUCACAAAUUUCUUAUAUUUUGCUUAGCUUUUGACUUUAGGAAAACAUUUUCAACCCAACUCAGAAAUUGUAACCAUUUAUUCCCUUUUGAAAAGUACAUUUAUUUUAAAUCUUAUUCCAGAAAAGUACUUUCCUCAUAUUUAAAUUCUUUUACUCAUCUAUAAUUUGUCUUUAGCAAUAAGCAUACUUACUGUAGUACUGCUAAAUAUUAAUCAUAAUUCAAAAAAUUGGAUAUUAUUAAUGAUUACUAUUAAUGUGACUUUGAAUGUGUACCCUAAUGUAUUUUUCAUUCCAAAUCUAUGGUUAAAUAUUAAAUAAUGUUUUACUUAAAGUAUCUUGUAUUUCUUUAUUGCAUUGAUCAACAUCAUUUUUACACUUGUUAUUACUUUUUUUGUUGUGUUUUUUCAAAGAGGAGAUUCCUUAGCAUAAAAUGAAAAUAUUACUAAUACUAUUAUUGUUACUCGAAUCUUAAUCAAACUAACUGAAUUUAUAACAGUUUACAUAUCAUUUUUAGAUGAUACAAUUUCAUUCAUUCUAGAAUAAUUUAUUCUAGUUUGCAUAAUCUUGUUAAAUCUAUUCAAGUUAACAUCAAUAUCUGCAAGUAAGGUUCAACUUGGAAUAUUAUUCUUGAUAUUUAAUCUAUCCUUAUAUGCUGAUUACAGAAUGAUGGAUUAUUUAUUGAUUAGUAUACUAAUAUUAUCAUUACAAUCAUAGAUUUAAUUUAGUAAAUUAUAAUAAAUUCUGUUUAAUUCAGAUACCAUACUUAGCUGUUAACUAGCAGAAAGAGUUUAUAAGAAAUGCUUAGUUGAUAAAUAGGCCAGAAUUCAAUUGUUAGUUUUCAAAAAUAAUCACAAAUGUUCAAAAUGUAAGGCUUUUUAUGAUAUUAUUGAAUGUAUAUUAAAAAGGACUUGUAAGAACGAAAGAGAUAAGAUUAUUUAUGCAAAUUUUAUAUCUAAAAAAUGGCCCUUAAGAGCUUUGGUAGAACUAUUGAAGGAAUAAAAUGAGGAUUUCUAUUUUUAGUCAGCAAUUUUAACAUUUCAGAAGACAAAUGAGUCUAAAUUUGAUAUAUCAAAUUACAUUUAUACAUCGUACUAAUCAUAAAUAGAAUGCGAAAAUAUUAAAAGUAGAUUGCUGUCUUUAAUUACAUUUAUGAUUAAAUUUUGGAAUUAAACUAUUAUGAAUCAGUUUGGAAUUAAAUAAUUUUAUAAAUAAGUUUAGUAAGUAGGCAAAAAAAUAGAUCAAAUUAAUAAAACUAUAGAAAAAGUCUAUGAUGUAAAAAAUUGCAAAUUAAAAGGCAAUGAAUUCAGUGAUGUUAUUACUUUGAGAUUAUUGUAAAUUUACUAUUGUAUUGCGAAUGUUGACCUCAUUAAAGCAUAAUAAAUGGAAGAUAAAAUUAAUGACUUGUUUCGAAGUGACAAAUUCAGAUAAUCUAAUACAAUCGAUAAUAAUUAAUUAGCAACGAGUAAAUAUUGUGCUAACAUUAGAUAGAUCCAUGCUUUUAACAACAAGUCUUAUAUACAAUAUUAAUAAAUUGCUUUAACCAAAUUACUAAUAAAUAAGUUUAUUUUUUGA